AUGCUCAAUAAAUUGAUCCAUGAGAAAGAACAACCAGAGCAGCGAAUUCGGAAAAGUCGUAGACAUGCACGUGUGCGAUACCAUUCGCCAGCCACCUCCGAAAGUGACGGACAUUCAAGAAGCACUUCAAUUCAACGUGAUAAUGAUGAACCACUUACAAUAGAAUCAAGUUCACAAAGACGCGAAAAACGCUUGGCACAUGCCCAACGUUUUGGUAUUGAUCCUCCGGCACAAACUGUUGAUAUCGAGGAAAAUGAAGUGGAAGAGUUAUAUCGUUCAAUGGAUGUCCAAGUGCGUAGUUCCCGUUACAGACUUCAUUCUGUGUAUGUGCGUGGUGUUGAUGGCCUUUCAACGUAUCAAAUUGAAAAAAUAUUCGCUGAGUUUGAUCCGGUAGCGAUCGAAAUGAUUGAUGAUGUGAGCUGUAAUGUCAUUUGGAAUGAUCGUUUUGCUGUUGCUAAAAUGAUGCUAGAAAUGACGAAACCAUUGAAACGAAUUCGUAGUAGUCGACAAGUGGAAGAGGGUGAAGUUGCAGAUAGUGGUGAGGAAGAAGAAGAUGGUGAAAUGCGAGAAGAGCAAGGCGAUGAUGUAACAAUCAGUAUGGUUAAAGGAUCGUCGCCGAGCAAGGGAAACAUGGAAACCAAUGUAAUCGAAGUAGAGGUUGAUCAAGUUGAAGUACCACCUGGUGAGUUUAUUUUGGAUUUAGCGGAGAAAAGAAAAGAGGUUUUCUGUAGCGAAAUAAGUGGGAAAUGGCGUGUAAUAACGAAACAUGUUGGACAUAAGCGGUUAAUUAUACUGCGAUUCAGUUUAAGAGAAGACAUAGCAAAAGGUCGCAGGAGUUUUCUGGAUAGACGACAAAGAAUCACUUCAGAGUCGGUGGAUCCGGAUGGUUACACCUAUAAAUGGAUGAAUCGAAAAAAUCGAGUGCGACCUGGAUUAAAUAUCUUUGAUGAGAAGGGUAACGAAUUGGAGUGGGAUUAUGAGCAUGAUACAAGAUUUUAUGAAGAACCGGAAAAAACGGUUGAAGAGGAGGAGAAGAACAGCUCGCCAAUUCCGGCAGAUGACAAAGUGAUUAAUGUUGGUACGAGAAAACACAAAAUUAAGACACGUGGACGUGGAGCAAAACGGUUUAAAACUGUUGUUGAUUUGUUGUCGGAUACUGGAUCGUUGGAAGCUGAUCGUGAAGACUUUCACCCACCCAAAAAAAAGUCCACAAAUGCUAAUCAUGAGAACGAUAAUAGAGACGAAGAUGAAAGCGAUCUGAGCGACAAUCGCGACCCUAAUCCAACGCUGCAGCCUUGGGAUUUGAAGAAAACUGAUGUUCAUUUGCGCCAAGAAUGA